UAUAAAGAGCGAUAAAUGUUUGGUAUGUUCUCUUAUCUGACACUUUCUGCUUCAUUGAAUUAUGUGAAAUUUCAGCAUUUGUUAGAAGCCGUUGUUCCAUUGAUGAAGGAAAAAGAGAAGUUAUUGCAGGAUUAUGAAGAUCUCAAAUUGAAACUUGAUCGAGAAUAUGAUGAGCAUGCAGAAAAUAAAAGAGGUUUCCAGCAGGACAUUGAAAUGCUUAUGACACUCAAUAAUCGGAUCAAAGAAUACCUUGACUCAAAGAAAGUUGAGAAAUUAAAGGACUUGCAAGAAAGGCACGGAUUAUCUGAAUCACAACUGCAAAGAUGUGACACAAGGAAGCAGGAAAUUUCAACUGAUUUGAACAAGAGUAAAGAGUUAAUGAGAAAUCAAGAUCAGCUAAAAAGAAACAUUGAUGAUAAUUUGAACUAUAGGAAGACAAAAGCUGAUGUAGAUGAACUUACUCAUGAAAUUGAGAGCCUAGAGGAGAAGGUACUAUCUAUUGGCAGUAUGUCCAGUCUAGAAGCGGAUCUUAAAAAACAUCUGCAGACAAAGGAGAGACUUCUUUCAGAGAUGAACAGGUGUCAUGGAACCCUAUCUGUCUAUCAAAGUAACAUAUCAAAGUACAAGAUCGACCUUAAACAUGCUCAAUACAAUGAUAUUGAUAAGAGAUAUUUCAAUCAGCUGAUUCAACUUAAGACAACGGAAAUGGCAAACAAGGACCUUGACAGAUACUACAAUGCACUUGAUAAGGCACUCAUGCGUUUUCAUACAAUGAAAAUGGAGGAAAUAAAUAAGAUCAUAAAAGAAUUAUGGCAGCAAACAUAUAGGGGCCAGGAUAUAGAUUACAUUAGUAUCCACUCUGAUUCGGAAGGUGCUGGGAGCCGGUCAUACAGCUACAGAGUCCUGAUGCAGACUGGUGAAACCGAGCUUGAGAUGAGGGGAAGGUGCAGUGCUGGUCAAAAGGUUCUUGCUUCUCUUAUCAUAAGAUUGGCGCUCGCUGAAACAUUUUGUCUAAAUUGUGGAAUACUUGCACUGGAUGAGCCAACCACCAACUUGGAUGGGCCAAACGCAGAAAGUCUAGCCGCUGCUCUCGUUAGAAUCAUGGAAGAUCGGAAGGGUCAAGAGAACUUUCAGUUGAUAGUCAUUACACAUGAUGAAAGAUUUGCUCAGCUGAUCGGUCAGCGCCAGCAUGCUGAGAAAUAUUAUCGGGUCACAAAGGACGAACAUCAACACAGCAUUAUUGAAGCUCAAGAAAUUUUUGAUUGAUUUUGUUGCGUCAAGAUGGAGAUUAUUGGCUUACAAAAAAAUCUCUUAGUUGAAUGUUAUUAGUCGGCCUAUCUCAAAACAAUUUACAGAUCAGCUGAAGUGAAACAAAGACCAGUGUCAAUGUCUUUUUUUUUUUUUUUUUUAAUUUGGAUUGGUGAGUUCUGGUUGAGUUUUGUUUAUUGUAUCCAAGAACCUACUGUAAAUAAGUAUGUUUUUAAUUAAUCUAAUUUUAAUUGAUACAUUGGCCA